AUGGCGCUUGGCGCGACUAGAGGUGCAUCCCUAAGGCGUGCGUCCGGCAUGAAUCCAGUGGAGAGCUUCAAGUGUGAGGCACGCUGUUGCUGCGUUGCCGGUGAUGCCGUCUGGAUGGCGGAGUUGAAGGGUGGUAUUGCCGUGUGCGACGCCCAGCGCGGGAACGUGCUGGAGCGUGUUGCUGUUGCUGGUGAAGCCGACGAGCGUGUGCAAUUCAAGUCCAUGGCACUUGUGCAUGAUGAGGUCUGGGCGGGCACGAUCACCGGGGUUGUUCAUGUCUUUGAUGCGCCUGCGAGGCGGUGGAAGCAGUCCAUGACAGUUUUGGGUGUGGAGGCAACGGCGCCACUCUUGUCACUUUUCUUUGACGGCUUUUCGGUUCUGGGCGGCUCUGAAACGGGCCGCAUCGUGCAGUGGAACCCGUUUACAAAGAGGCAGGUGACAGUUUUUGUUGCCCUUGCGCCCGUGACAGCAGUAACAGUUGCCGCAGGCCUCAUCGUCAGCGGUGAUCGCAGUGGCGUUGUGCAGUUGUGGGACCCCCGUAGCGGGGAGGUGGUUUACGAGCACGCGCAAGACGCCUCCGCCGUCACUAGUCUUCUUGCCGAGGCGAGCACAGGAACACUUUGGGUGGGACGACGCAACGGCACCGUUAGCGUCUACGCCCUCGCCUCAACGAUGAGCUUCGCUGGUCGAGUUUCAGUCGGCGACGGCGCCGUGACGUCCAUGUUGGCGGUCAGUGGAAAAGUACUUGCCACCUCCUACGACAGGGCCGUCGUUGUGUUCGCCGCCAGAACACGUGAAGAGCUUAGCCGCGCGACGAUGGCACACGACGCCUUUAUUCACUACGCUUCACGCGUAUACGCCGCAGAGACGGCACGCAUCUGGACAAUUGGGAAUGAUUGUGUGGUUCAUGUGUGGGAUCUGGCGGGAUAUUUUUUGCCAUGUCAGUCACCACCUGCCAUCCGACCUUGCGAUCAGGCGGCUAUGGUGCACGGCGCCAGGGGGGCGUUGACGGUGGAGAACGCGCAGCUGUCCACCCGUGUGGCGGAAUCCUUCAGCCGGGUGACCGAUGCAAAGGAGGAGUUGCGGCAAGCCAGGGAUGAGGCGCAUGAACUGCGACUUCGUCUGAUGUCAUUUGAGCACGUACUCAAGGAAAAGGACGCGGAGAUCGCGUCGCGUGCCGCUCGCGUAAAGGAGCUUGAGGAGGAUGUGAAUAAACUACAGAACACCGUCACGGACAGUAACGCCCGCGCCGAUGCGGCACAGCGGGAGACCAACAUGCUUCGCGCGGACUACCACGCCGCUCUGCGCGACGCCUCGCAGACAAAAACGCAGCUGUCCGCCAAGAUCGCUGAAAAGGCGGGCGUUGAGCAGCAGCUGGCGGCAGUCCGCACGGAGAACUCGCAUCUAGAGAUUCGGCUUCGUGAUCGCGAGGGUGAAGUGUCGCAGUUGAAGGCAGAAAAUGCGCGCCUGCACGCGACGGUGGGGCAGCUUUCGUCGUCACAGUCUGCCGAGCGGGAAUUGCAGCAAAAACAGCUUGCCAGCACGGAGGGUGCCAUGCGGCAGGAACUGGAGGAACUGCGAAAGCGCAGUCAGGUGUUGGGGGGCAUGCUUGUCUCUAUGGAGUACACCAUUCGGCGCAAAGAGGAGGAAGAGCGUGACAUGACGGCACUCAUGAAUGCCCUUCGUCGAAGGGCCGCGGAGCGUGUUACGGAUCCCCAUCUGGCCGCGCUGCUCAAUCUCACGAUGGUGCGUAAUCCCGACCGGUUUGAGAUGGAGUGCGACGAGCACACAAAGUCAUUGCUUCGCGACCGUAAUGGGCCUUUUAUCCAGUUUCUCCAGCUCUUACGCGAUCGUGACCCACAGACGUAUGGGCAGCUGCUUGAGUACCUCCAGCAUCCUGAGGCGGGGUCUCGGUUUAGCGCCCUCUUUGACCAACUUUUUAGCCUCGCACAGAAGGAGGGAGCCGCGUCGGACGACGAUAUUGUGAACUUCAAAAAGAGUUUGCCGGUACUUCUUGACGCAUUGAACAGCAAGAAUGCGGCAGGUUCGCGGGUUGGGGCUGGGGGAGCCACAGGCGACGCCACUCUUGCAGCGGGAGCAGGUGGGGUAAACGUAAACUCUUCUCAGUCACCAAAUUCCGCUGCGGACGUCAAGCAGACCCUUUCUGGGACAGGCAGCGUGGGCUUGGAGGGUGGCGCCUUUGGUAUUGGCUCGAAUGGAAGCACUACUGCCGCUCUCAACGCCGCAACUGCUCUGCGGCCGUCACAGCAACAGCAGACGGCGGUGGGGGCUUUGGGCGUCGGUGACGCAGGAAGGAUACUACCGACGAAUGCCGACGAGUUCAAGAACUUCUUACGAAGCAUGAAUAUCACCGUUGAGGAGCCCGACUUGGUCGGGGCGGGGGCAGGCGGCGUCGCGGAGGACAGUCACCUAAGGCAACUUCAAAAUGCGUUUGAGUUUAUUUUGCAGACACGCCGCGAUUUGGUCCAUCAAAUGGGAAUUCUGCUGAAACGCAUCGUGAAGGCGCGCCAGGUUAUAGAUGCCCUGACGAGUAACGCGCGAGAGGGUUCAUCGCCCACACAACGCCGCCUUUCUGGAAGCGGUGGUGCGCACGUUUGGAGGCAGAAUUUAGGCUCGGUGGCGACCAACAUGUUAGAGGAACUCCAGCGCUUUGUUUCCGGUAUUCUGGCCGUGUACUUUACCGCAGCGGAGAAGCAGCGGCUGGGGAUAGAUGCCUAG